CAAGCCAAAAUGGAGGGCAGUUCUAUACUCCAUUCUUUCACUAACAUUUAUUUUGCCAUUUUUGCUUUGUUUUGCUUCAAGCUUUUAAUUAAGAUUUCCUUGGCUUUGCUGACCCAUUUCUAUAUUGUUAAAGGCAACAGAAAAGAAGCUGCCAGGAUAGCAGAAGAGAUCUAUGGAAUAGUCCCAGGCAGCUGGGCAGACCGAUCCCCUCUCCAUGAUGCUGCCUUCCAGGGACGCCUUCUCUCUCUGAAAACCUUGAUUGCACAGGGUUUCAACGUGAACCUGCUGACCACAGACCGCGUGUCGGCUCUCCACGAGGCCUGCCUGGGGGGGCACGUGGCCUGUGCCAAGGUGCUGCUGGAGAAUGGUGCCCAGGUCAAUGCGGCCACCAUCGACGGGGUCACUCCCCUGUUCAACGCCUGCUGCAGUGGCAGCGCAGCCUGUGUCAGCAUGCUGCUGGAAUUUGGAGCCAAGGCACAGCUGGGGAGCCUCCUGCCCUCGCCCAUCCACGAGGCAGUCAAGAGAGGUCACAGGGAGUGCAUGGAGACCCUUCUGGCCCACGAGGUUGACAUUGACCAAGAAGACCCACAGCAUGGGACCCCUCUCUACAUGGCCUGCACGUACCAGAGAACAGAGUGUGUCAAGAAGCUUUUGGAGCUAGGAGCCAAUGUGAAUGUGGGGAAGGGACUGGACACCCCCCUGCACGCAGCAGCAAGGAAAUCCAGUGUGGAGAUAGUUGUCUUGCUGACAGACUAUGGUGCUAACCCAAAAUGCAGAAAUGCUGACCUCAAAUGUGCCCUGGAUCUUGCCACACCCCACAGCAAAGUGGAGCAGGCACUUCUGCUUCGGGAAGGUCCUGCCAGCCUGGCCCAGCUGUGCAGGUUGUGCAUCAGGAGGCACCUGGGCCGGUCGUGCCUCUGCACUGUCCCCAAGCUGCACCUGCCUGAGCCGCUGGAGAACUUCCUCCUGCACCGAUAAGUCUGGCUGCCUUCAGACUGGGGAAGAAAGAGGAACAAAUGGUUGUUUACUCCAAGUUUAUUAUAUCACAGAAAAAAAAAAAUCAAAGGCAUCAUUUACUGUCUUCUGCGGCUGCCAAACACUGGGUGCUAUGUGACAGUGAAAAUUGGAAACAGAAUUUCACAGGCAGUGAGUGGUAUCAUGGACACAGUUCCCUCACAAUCUAUUGCCACAUGGACUCACACCAGCCUGAGAAGUUCUAGUACAUAAACACCUCACUUGACAUGUGUUUGUAGGUGCAAAUGCACACAUCCACUCACCAACAUACACACAGAGAUUUCCCCUCCAUUUGGGGUUAUAUUUAUUUGUGCAAUAUCUGUGCAGCUUCUUCCCUUUGUCUAUCCAAUCUCAAUGUCAAAAUCAAGGCAGUGAAUAUUUUUCUUCCAUUAGUAUGUGGAAAGGAAAGCUUUCAGUGACAAACAUCAGACUUAAACAGCAUACUGCACAUCUUUUAUCAGCUUUGAUUUUGCAUCCUUUCAUCUCCUUCCUAUUGUCUACUGGAGCCCUAUGAAUUUCCAGCAGUCUCUGGCUGUCCAGCCACUGUCCAUCCCUGAGCCCUGAGCACAGCUAUCCCCAAUGCUAACACAUCUUGUCCUUGGAGGUACAAGUGAUGGUAUGAAAGCAAGUGGAGGGGUUUCGAGUGAGCCCACAAAACUGUGAAAGUCUUAAAAAACCCUUUCAUUUCUUCCUGAAAAAAUCCUUCCAAAGUUAUGUCACCUGAGAUCUGGCUGUAUUCAUUACAUGAACAUUUUUUCAUAGCUUAAUUGGCAAAUGUUUUUAUAGGCAUAGUAGGUGAUGUUUCAAUGUCCAUCCUUUGCAAGGUGUAAAAAAAGGCAAAAGAAAGAGUGCUGCUUUUUCUUUUUUUUUUGGCUUUGCAUGCUUAGACAUUUCUCAAGGCAAGUCUUGGACUGUGGAGCUGGAGAGAAGCAGGGCCACUAAAGAUGGUUGUGCAUCACCCUAAUGUGGUUGAACCUUCCUCCACAGGAGUGGUUUGCAGGCUUGUUGGCUCCUUUGCCCCCUAUUCUAGAGGGUUUAAUUACCUCUCCAGAAGUAAGGAUUUUUAGAGUGUUAUAAUUGUCCAUUGUGGUAUUAGUUUAAAUAAUGUGAGGAUUAGUAGCUUGGAAACAGCAGGGCUGAAAGCACGCAGCUCUUUGAGUUGAGAAAUGUGGUGUGCAGUGACACUUGCAGUGCCACUGUACACCACAUAAAAAGGUUUUUUUAAUUUUUCCUGGGGAGGUUCUUCUGGGGAACAAAGCAUUUCUUCAGAGCCAAGUUUUGGUAAACUUCUGCCAUGAGACAGGCAAUGGUGUUUCACUAGUUGUAGUAAAAUGGGAAGCAAAAUUAAAAGGACUCUGUCUCCAUUUUGCUCAACUUCCCACGUCCAAGAGGCUGCUGACACAUUUUCAGGCUGUGAAAUGUACUGGUUUCUUUAUGAGUGAGGCAUUCUGGCACCAGUUUUCACUGCCCAUACUUCUUAAGUCAGAGGGAAUUUUCCUGCUAGCGUCUGGAUACAGGACUGGCUUCCAACAACAUCCAGGCUCCUGUCCCUGCUCCAGCAGCAGCAGUCUCUGGUUCAAUGCUAAUAAUCCCUUAAUAUCACCAUGACAGUCUCUCUGAGACAAAGGUCUAAUGUUGCCCAUACUUCUUUAUGAUUAAUUCAGCACAAGUAAGAUAAAUUGAGCUCUCAGCAGCUCAUGAGACUGGACCUUCAACAUUACAGCCAAAAA